CAUCUGGGCAGUGGGCGUUGGGAAUGUAUGCAGCCCUUGCCUUCGGGGCUUCGGGCAUUCCAAAUAAGCGAAUGAUAAAAAACACAAAAUAUAGAAGUCAAACUACUGUUUUAUACUAGUGUUGUUUUACUGAAGCUGUAGUUUGUUUGAACAACUGUACGAUAGAGAGGGGGAGGGAGAGACAGACGGACACAGAAGGCGGUCCCGGCAGACCACACUUCUGUAGAGUUCCCCUCCACAGACUGGAGCAGAAGGAAAAGUGCUUCUCCUCAACGGGACUCCAGCUUUCACUUGGCAGAAAUGACACUCUGGUCGUUGCUGUUGUUUCCAGGAGUUAUUCUCUGUGCUCUUCUCCCUCUGACACAGUGUGAGGAGCAGCGGUUCCCCGAAGAGAAACUUCUUGUCGUGACAGUUGCAACCAAAGAGACAGAUGGCUUCAGGCGUUUCUUGAGGUCGGCUAAACACUUCAACUACACUGUUCAGGUUCUUGGUCGGGGUCAGAAAUGGAAAGGAGGCAACUACACAUCCGCUCCGGGAGGAGGCCAGAAAGUGCGACUUUUAAAAGCAGCUGUGGAGGAAAUGAAGAAUGAGGACAGAGUCAUCCUUUUUAUUGACAGCUAUGAUGUGGUUUUUGCCUCGGGUCCUAAAGAGCUGCUCAAGAAGUUCCAGCAGGCCAGACACAAGGUGGUGUUCUCCUCUGAGAGCCUGAUCUGGCCCGACAGACACCUAGAGGACAAACAUCCUCACGUCAGGGAGGGCAACAGGUUCCUGGGCUCAGGAGGUUUCAUUGGCUACCUCCCCAGCAUCAGAGAACUGCUUUCUGACUGGACAGGUGAAGACGAUGAGAGUGACCAGCUGUUCUUCACCAAGAUUUACAUUGAUCCAGCAAAAAAAAAAUCCAUAAAUAUCACAGUGGAUAAUAAAUGCAGAUUGUUCCAGAACCUUCAUGGAGCCCUCGAUGAGGUGGUACUGAAGUUUGAGGAUGGUCGUGUACGAGCCAGAAAUGUGCUGUAUGAUACCUUGCCUGUCAUCAUCCAUGGGAAUGGACAAACCAAACUCCAGAUCAACUACCUGGGUAACUACAUCCCCAACACUUGGACAUUUGAGACUGGAUGCACAGUGUGUCAUGAAGAUCUCCAUCCUCUCACAGCUCUUACGGAGAGUGAGUAUCCACUGGUGAUGAUCGGCAUCUUUAUUCAGCAGCCCACCCCCUUUGUCGCAGUCUUUUUUGAACGCCUCCUGAAGCUGCAGUACCCAAAGAACAGGCUCAAGCUCUUCAUUCACAGCCAGAAAGCUCAUCACGAGGGUCAGAUCAGCUCUUUCCUACAGGAUCAUGGAAGCCUUUAUGGGGACGUCAGGCUCUUCGGGCAUGAGGAGGACUUGGACGGAGCUGCCUCCCGUAACCUGGGCUUUGAUAUGUGCCGGAAGGACAAGGACUGUGACUACUUCUUCAGCCUGGACAUUGAAGUAGUCUUAAAGAAUGAGAACACACUCAAAAUUCUCAUUGAACAAAACCUUCCUAUCGUAGCACCGAUGCUAACUCGACCUGGUCGACUGUGGAGCAACUUCUGGGGAGCUGUCAGUGCCGAUGGCUACUACGCCAGGUCAGAGGACUACGUUGACAUAGUUCAAGGACGCAGAGUGGGUGUGUGGAAUGUCCCGUAUGUGUCCAAUGUGUACCUGGUGAAGGCCAGCAUCCUCCGGUCAGAGCUCACAGACCAGGAACUGUUCAACUCGCACAUCUUAGACCCAGAUAUGGCUUACUGCCAGAACGUACGCAGCAAGGGAAUCUUCAUGUAUGUAACCAACUUGCACAGUUUCGGUCGUAUCCUGUCAACAGAGAACUAUCAGACCAACCAUCUUCAUAAUGAUCUGUGGCAGAUCUUCGAAAACCCGGAGGACUGGCAGGAGCGCUACAUUCAUGAGAACUACACACACAUCAUGAAAGAUAAGCUGAUUGAAACUCCUUGUCCUGAUGUAUACUGGUUCCCAGUUUUCUCUGACAUAGCUUGUAACCACCUUGUUGAGGAAUUGGAAAACUUUGGGAAGUGGUCUGGAGGAGCCAAUGUGGACACCAGAAUCCAAGGUGGCUAUGAGAACGUCCCCACCAUUGAUAUCCACUUGAAUCAAAUCAACUUUGAAAAGGAAUGGCAAAAAUUCUUACUGGAGUAUAUAGCACCGAUAACAGAGAAAAUGUAUCCUGGUUACUACACCAAGGCUCAGUUUGACUUGGCCUUUGUAGUUAGAUAUAAACCAGAUGAGCAGCCCUCUUUGAAGCCACACCAUGAUGCCUCCACAUUCACUAUUAACCUUGCACUCAAUCAAGUCGGCCUUGAUUACCAGGGUGGUGGAUGCAGGUUCCUCCGCUACGACUGCUCCGUAGACGCUCCUCGUAAAGGUUGGGCCCUCAUGCACCCGGGCCGCCUCACCCACUACCACGAAGGCUUGCCAACCACCGCUGGCGUCCGCUACAUUGCAGUGUCCUUUGUGGAUCCCUGAAGAUGACGACACCCCACCAGAUAGUCCAGACCAAAGGGGACAAGCGCUCAAUCACAGCCGCUCUGCAUCGUCUGAUUUGGAGUGGUGACCAUGUUUGUUUGUUUUUAAAGUCCAACAUGACCAUUUCUUUCUUACUUAUAGAUUCAUACACAACUUAUGGCUCUAAUCAACCUUUAUCAGCAGUGGAGUUUCAGAGAUCUAUCAUGUAAUGAGACACCAACAUGUAGGAGGUCAUUAAAAUACAACAGUUUUCUUUUUUUUGAUCGAUCUAAAGACUGGUCUGGAGUUUGGUGUGGAGCUUUGCUUCUAGCUCAACGUUUCUAAGGAAAUCACCAGUUCAGCUCAGACUUUUUAAACAUGCUUCUGUUAAAACCUUGUGUUGUUGAAUUUACUUCCAUAAGUUACAUAAAGUGCCUUUUUAUACUCAGAUCUGUUCUUUUUAGAGUUUUUAGAUUUUUUGUUACCAAAACCUGGUUUGCCUCUUAAUUUAUUUUUAUUUGAGUUUAUUUGAUAAAACCCACUCCACUAUUUUGUGAAUUUGCAUUCUCACUGCUGUUAGACAUGCAUUUCUCUGCUUUCACUGAGGUCAGUCAGCUGAGUUUCUGGUCUGAGUAACAUAUUCACACACUCGCUGUGCUUUAAACACAACUUGAAUAAAACAGUUUACCAAAAUGAA